AUGGAAGCUGAGCUGACAUUGGGAAAGCAAACAUGUGAUAUAUGGGACAUGAGAGGAGCUGAGACUACAGAGCAAGGCAACUGCUCAGCCUUUGCUUCCGGUGGAACACUCCCUCACUGCUGGUCUCAAACGACCAACCAUCGUCGACCUUCUUCCCGGAGCUCCUUUCACCUCUCAAGUCUCCAACUGCUGUCGUGGAGGCGUCUUGACUUCAAUGUCCCAAGACCACACCGAUCACGAAGCUUCCCUUAUGACUCUGGAGAGUUUAAUAUGCCUUCUAAUUUUGAUAUAGGUGUCCCUGGUUAUAGUUGCGACAAUGCUACUUCCGUGGCUCCUACUAAGUAUAGUACUGAUAAAAGUCGUCGCAAAACGCAAGCUCUAGAGCAGCAACAUGGGAGGCAGUGUGCGUGUACUCGCAGUUUAGGUCAUCAUAAUCACCAAAAUGCUGCGUUUCACUCUCUGCUUUCUACUACCGAAACAUCAUUCCUUGCCCUACCUGUAGCUGCGGCUGCUCUAGCUCUCAUUGCGUCAAGCCUGGUGAGAUGCCGCCAUAUCUGGAACAGAAACAUGAUCCUGAGGAGGAAGUAUCGCCUGUGGUGGAGUAACUUGGUUGUGCUCCAUCCCAACUUGAAAAGCGUAGAACAAGUCUUCAGUUUUAACUACAAAUCCUUAACACCUUACCACAACGGCAUCAAUGACACAGGGGUGUUUUGGGGAGUCAAGUUUUACAAUGAUGUGUUGCUGCAAGCUGAAAAAAUUGGGAAUGUGCAAACAGAGUUGUCGUUAAAGAAGGAUAUGGGGAUGAAUGUGUUAUGCCUUCUCCGGAGGAUUAUCCGAGGCUUCCCAGUUAUGCUUCUUCUUCCUCCUCUUCUGCUUUUAGCUUUGUUACGAUCGUGUUCUGUUUUCACAUUCUUCUAUUUGUUUGAUUGA